CUCCCUCUCCCUCUCCCUCUCCCUCUCCCUCUCACACCUUCAUCUGUCUCACAUUCCUUCUCUACAGCUUGCACACCUCUAAAUCCACUCCUGCUCUCUCCUGAACACAGCCGUCAGCUCGGACAUGUCCUUCUCCUUCUUGCCCCAGACUGCCUCCUCCACCUCCAUGUCGCACCCACUCUCCUCCCCCACAACCCUCAAACGAUCCCGUCUUGUCCGCACCCAGACCCCAGUCCCUGAUAGCUUCUUCUCCAAUCCCGCUCCGGAAGAAAACACCCUCAAGGCCCAAACUUCUUCCAACACCCUCGUCAACCGCAACAUGCUCCGCAUGGGCACCUCCCUCUUCUGGGACCUCGUCGGACAGCACGACGACAACAGCAACAGCAACAGCAACAACAGCAACAACGACGAUGGUGACAAUGACGACGACUACGAUGACGAGGAUGAUUCCGACAACAGCGCCAGCGACAACAGUGAUAGCGACAGUGAUAGCGACAAAGACGAAGACGACGACAAAGCCGAUGAAGAUGAAGACGACAACGAGCAGGAUGGCAGGGAACGCAGCCCCGCCAUUGUAGACCUCAACAGCAGCAGCUCUCUGCCCACCGCAUCUCUCUCAGGCUCCCCUCCAUCAUUUGCUAUGCAGGCCAGCAAGAAAUCCAAAAGGGUUAGGAUCGACGCCUCAGCUGCCCUUUCGGGCAAGCGAGUCCGAUUUGACGAAUCCAGGAACACGGUCCAUCUGCACUACCGCAACAGCAGCAUCAGCCCUCCAGAUAGCCCCGAGAUGGUCCGUUCGCCCUCCGCCACCGACCCCACACGACCGCUUGUCUCUGCACUGUCCCCUCGCCGUUCCCAAUCCACCUCAACACCGCCACUCGACAGCCACUUUGAGCUCUCGCUCGAGAACACCUCUCAGGAGGUCAUGGACUUUGCCUCCAGCCUCAGCCGACUCAUGGGCGGUGCCAGCGCCAAUAGCGGAUCCCAGGACUCGACUACCAGCAGCAACAGUACCUUCCUCUCGCCCACAUCCAGUCCGUCGCCCCUACGCUCCUUCGCCAUGUUCCAGGGUGCCCCUCCAUCACCCGUGCGCCCCUCGUUCAUGUCCGCAUACUCUCCACCUUCCUCGUCUUCUCUCUCAUCCUGCUGGUCGCCCAUUAUGGACGAUGACGAAGACGAUGACGAAAACGAAGACGAGGAGGACGAUUCCAUGGACGGAACGGCAUCCGCAAAGCGUCCGCUUUCCCCCACUCGCCCUGCGCCAAGAGUAAGGACGCCCACGACCUUCCAGUCAAGACGCCCUCGCCACUCGCUCGCCGGUAAUGCCGCUGCUGCCGGCAACUCCUCUCCGAGACCAAGACUCCCCGCUAUGCUCAAGCGCGAGGCCUCGAAUGCCUCCUUUUUGGACUCGUACCCAGCCAGCUUAGCCCCAGACGAGCCACCGUCUCAUGAGAAUUCUACAAGCCCUGUGAUGGCUAGCGGCGGUAACAGCAGCAGCAGCAGCAUGGCCCAUGCCACUAUCGCGACUGCUGUGCUCAACACCCCCAUGUCAUCGUUGCCGGAUGACAAGACUGUCUCCUUUAAUUCCUUGCAGACCUCCCCAGAAUCUCAAGCCAUGUAGAUCUACUUAUUGCUACCUAUUCCUGUAUCAUACAUUUGCUUUCCCUUUUGUUUCCACUGUAUCAUUACCAUUACCAUUACCCAUUAGAAUAGAUGCCCAUACCCUUUUCCUCACCCUCCUCCCUCCCCCCGCCCUUACUCAAGAGCAGUAAUGCUUCGGAACAUUCCUGCAACAACUAAAAACAGUUCAAUAAAAAAUAAAAAUGACCCGAAGGUGCG